GUGUUGUUUUUGUUUGUCUGAUAAAAUAGGUUCAUGCUUCGAAAACAGUAAUUGACCGGCAUUUGAACUUUGAAGAUAGUAAUAAUUAAAUAUUCAUACAGUUCUGUUUCCUGUUCAGUGCAGGCACAAAUUUUCAGUUCCAAUAAUGUCGGCAUCAAAAGAGGAGCAAUCUAGUGCCACAAAACUGUAUCUUAUUCUUUAUAACAAUGUACAAUUUCUAGGAUGGUUCUACAUUUUUGUGCAGUUUAUGAUUCAUUUCCUUGUAGAAGGAAAAGGCAUCAAUUCGCUGUGGAAUCAAGUUGGAACAGUUACAUAUUAUUUCCAGCUGCUAACAAUUUUUGAGUUUUUCCAUGCUCUGUUCGGACUGGUCCCCAGCAAUGCCAUAAUCACGCUAAUGCAAGUAUUCGGUCGUUGUAUGGUCGUUGUGGGAGCGAUCGACGCUACGCCAACUGGCAAGCUUUCGCCCGGCCUACCUAUUGCCCUGUUUUGCUGGAGCCUAACGGAGACGAUUCGCUAUAGUUAUUACGUGCUGCAUCUGUCCCUGGCGACAGUCCCCCGUUUCAUGACCUGGCUACGGUAUACCAUCUUCAUCCCACUCUAUCCGGCUGGCUUUUUCGGGGAACUCCUGUGUUUCUACUGGGCUCAAAGUUACAUUGGCGAAACGGAUAUGUGGGGCGUGUCGAUGCCGAAUCGUUACAACUUUACAUUCUCAUUCUUCUAUUUCGUGUGGAUCAUGGCCAUCGGCUAUUUGCCGAUGUUCCCGCAGAUGUAUCUGCAUAUGUUUGCCCAAAGAAGAAAAAUUCUUGGCGGCCGUGUAGAACAGAAGGUCCAAUAGGGUUAGUGUCACUGUUUUAAAAAAUAAAACAAAAAAAUUCAUCCUUCAAA